GACACAUACCAUCACAUGAGCAAUGCUAUCUUUAGCAAAUGACAUGUAAGCUGCUUCAGAGCACAGAUUAAAUACAGAAACCCAUUUGCAAGAGGAAGACGCAAUGGCCUAGGAUACCCAUGCUUGAUAUCAUUUUCUUUUUAUAAUGGCCAAUCUUCAUGUUAAAGUAGAAGAGACGGUUUUUACCACGGACAAGGAGUUGUUGGUGAAGCACAGUGAAUAUUUCCGUGCUCUUUUCCAGUCUGGAAUGCGGGAAAGCUCCCAGGAUGAAAUCCAGUUACACAACUUAGGUGCAAUGGGCUUCUUGAUAACUUUAAGGGUAUUGAAUGGCGAGAGGCCUCUCCUGAGCUGCGAAGAGAUCUUGGAAGCUGUGGAGUGUGCAGCCUUUUUACAAGUUGAGCUCUUGACAAAGCAUUUGAUCAAUCUGAUUGACUCUGACAAUUGCCUGGUAAUGUAUGAAGCUGCUGCCACCUAUGGACUGCUGAACCUGUUUCAUGAAGCAGCCUUGUACAUCCGAGAUAUCUACGAGCUUUUGGAAAAAGAUAUACAGGCCUUACCCGAAGACCUCAUUCAAUAUAUUGACUCUCUUAUGCCCAGCACUUAUGUUGCAGUGGGUGCUCACACGCCUACCAUAGAGUUCCUUGAGGACCUGUCAAGGACAAUGUGCUUCUUAAAUGAGAAAGAUAAUCAAUGGGUGAGUCUUGGAUGUAUCCCAGAGAAUGCCAGCACAUUUCUAGCUGGUGUCACCACUUUAAACAAUAAAAUCUUCAUUGUAGGCGGCGCUCGAGGAGCGAAUAAGCAAGUAGUGGACAGAAGCUUCUGUUACGAUGCAGAUAACCACACUUGGAGUGAGUUUGACAGCCCACAUCAGCCCCGCUAUGAAGUGACGCUAGUAGGACAUGAAGGAUAUUUAUACGCCUUUGGUGGAGAGUUUGAGAGGGUUCCUGUGUCUUAUGUGGAAAGGUAUUGUCUAUCUUCUCAGGUGUGGACCUUUGGGAAGGAGUUACCACAACCUAUGGCAGGUCCUCCUGCUGCAAAAGCCAUGGGAAGGAUUUUUGUCUCUCUCUGGAAGCCGCACGAUACAACCAUGAUUUAUGAAUAUGAUACUGACAAAGAUGAUCAAGUUCUUAUCUCGUCCAUAAAGCGACCACGGAGCUAUGGCCAUUGCAUGGUGGGACACAGAGACAAUCUGUACAUCAUGAGAAAUGGCCCAUCUGAUGACUUUUUGCAUUGUAUAAUCGAGAAUUUUAACCUCACUACACAACAGUGGACAACCCUAUCUGGACAGUACGUCAACAGCAAGGGAGCUCUGUUCACUGCUGUCAUUCGAGGUGACACGGUCUUUACUCUCAACAGGAUGAUGACUUUACUCUACAAGAUAGACGCUGGUACCUGGAAGCCCAUAAAAGAGAAAUGCGGAUUUAUUAAAUCGGGGACUUUGCACACAUUCUUUCUGAGACUUCCUAUGAAGACAAAGCUCAUGGUCAGCAAAUUAUAUAAGAGUCCUCACCAGAGCUUUUUAUAAUUGUUUCUUCUGUUCAAAAAUGGGGCAAUUUCUCAAUGACUAUUGUAGUGUGGCAGCCCAUGGGUAAACCAGGAGCCAACCAGUGUGAAGUAACCACCAUAUAGAGAAGUAGAGUAAAUGCCUGUGAUUGCCUAAACCUGCCAGGAAAGAGAGCAGAACAAAGACAGGGACCCCCCCCCCAUCUCACAACCAUGUAUUGCUACGGGGUGCUCCCUCGCUCUGGUCACCCACAGCCAAAGAAGUAGGGUCAUUUACUGCUUUAUCACAAGAUUGUGAGUUUCCUUUUACUUAAAUGGAUCAAGUAAAGAAAU